CGCCUCACCCUGGUCAGGCACCCCCAAUAUGUGAACCUCUCUGUCUCUGAGGACAAAGAAAAGAAGAGGACACAUCGCGAUACUCCAGAAUUGACAUGUUUGCUGCCUUGCCUUGGCCCUCUUCCUAAGAAAUACAUAACCUGUUGUACCUCCCACUCUCCUCUUCACUCCUCUUACCUUUCACCGCAUGUCCGCUGUUCUGGCUGACCACAGUACCUCCGACUCAUCAUGUUCGGAAUCAUAGCAGACCUCAUUGCUUCUAUUACCACCUUCGUCCUCCCGGCCUAUCUCUCCUACAAAGCCCUGCGUACCAAUGAUCCAGCUCAAACACAUCCGUGGCUCAUCUACUUCACCAUCCUCUCCCUCACUCUUCUUUUCGAAUCAUGGACGAUCUUCAUCAUAGGCUGGAUCCCUUUCUACGCUUGGAUUCGACUGUUCUUCCUCCUCUACCUCGUGCUGCCUCAAACUCAAGGAGCAAAGAUCCUCUACCUUGACUACCUCGAACCAUAUAUCGUUGCCCAUGAGACCCGCAUUGACCAAUUUAUUGGCGAGACUCACGAAAGACUGCAACAGAUGGGCCUGGGCUAUAUUAAUGUCUUGAUUGAAUUCAUCAGGGACAAGAUUUUAGGCCAGAAGAGCCCGCAAACUGAACAAUCAACACAACCCGGUGGGCCUAGCUAUGCAAGCUAUGCACAAGAUCUGCUGUCUCGCUUUGCCAUGCCUGGUGCGAGAACAAGUCAGCCGAACCCGCCCGGCACUUCGUCUGCAAGCGUCUACAGCAUGGUGUCCACCUUUGCGGGUGCCGCGUUCGCAGGGUCAUCAUCCCGCUCAGCAGCCACUGAAGCUGCGGCCAUACCCGGUUCUUUUCUUGAUCUUAUCCCGGGAAGUAAUUCGGCAGAAAAGCAGACUUUCAUCUCGGCACAGCGCGAGCGACUGGCGGAUAUGCUCAAGACCCUCGAAAAGGAACAACAGACCCUCGAUCUUGCAUACGGCUCCGCGCCAGGCCAUCGACCACCAAGCUCUGGUGGGCUGAAGACCAAGUCAAGAAGCGAAGUCUCUUUUGAGAAUGUCGAUUACGACGAAGCAACACAACACACGCCAGGUUCGUCGCCGCCGAGACCAGUCACCGAGGGUCAUCGAACCACGAGUGGGAACUGGUUGCCAGCCGGCGUAAGUGGUUGGUUUGGAGGUGGUGGUGCUGCUUCUGGCAACAAUGGUGAGGAACGUACCGAGAGACCAAGAGAAGCAUCUAAGGGAUGGACAUCUGCGAGAGACAUCACCGAAGAAAUAUCGAGAGGCAUGAGGAGCGGAGUUGACACAGACAGAUCAUAGUGAGGAUACAUGCUAUGUACUUGGAUGUGAUGACGCAUGACAAUGUAGUACUGAUGAUGUCUUGCUCAGGUUGUAAGCCACGACCGGAAUAGAAGAGUGGUGAACAGCUCAGAGAAUACCAUUGCCUUUUCGCAAUAUCCGGAAAGAUUAGCUUAUCCUAAAACGUGUAAUGCUGAUCAAUUCCAGACAACAAAUAUCCCGUGGUAU